UUCUGUCAUAGCAGAAGUUUUAAAGGCUCUAACACUGAACCAGCUUCUCCGAGUGUAUAUGUUGGAGUAUAUUCAAAGCUGAGUAAAAGCAAACAGACAUCAGAGGCUCCAUUCAUCAGAGAUCAAACCUUGACUUUCUCACGGCUGGAUGCUACAGCGUCUCUGAUCCCGCUUCCCGGGUUGGACCUCAAUUAAAACAGCAGUGGGGCCUGAAUGAGGGAAGCAGACAAAGAAAAGCACAUCAAAGCCCUUUCAUGGAGUGCAGAGUCUUAACCUCUGAUCUCAGGGAGAGAUUACUGUAAUUGGAAGGCAGGGAUCGGCAUCUACGUCGGAGAAUCAGGACGUGAAGUUUAUCGAGGAAUCACACCCCCUCAGGAAAUCACAAGCCAAGAUGGGCUGCAACAUGUGUGUGGUGAACAGGCCGGAGGAACAGUACAGGAUCAUGUUUCAGAAGGGAAACACUCUUCGUCCCAUUGAUGCAGAAGUAAAGCUCAAAGGCAGAAGAACAUCUCACCUGUCCCAGGACAAGGAUGGGCAGCCUCAUGAUCCUCUGCUGCUUCAGGUAGUACGUAAGGGUCACAGGAGGAGAUUAGGUGCAGCCGCUGGCACGGCUCGGCUCAUGGCUAUCACAGACUGCGUGGACAACGGCACCCAGACCGACAUUAGCUUCCAGAACUUCUUGAAUGGGGACAGAGAGUCUUACCCAAGCAGUGGAUCACCAAUGCCCCCGCCUUCCCCUCCCCUCGCCCAACUGGUGGAGCCGUACCUGCUGAAUGACCUUGGUUCUCUGGGGCAGGAAUUUAGUGAUCCAAAUGACUACUUCAAUGUUGCUAACCAUGAGGUAGAUCAACAAGAAGAGCUGGAAUAUGAGGAGGUGGAGCUGUAUAAGUCGAGUCAGCAGGACAAACUGGGGCUAACAGUCUGUUACCGGACAGAUGACGAAGAAGACCAAGGCAUCUAUGUUGGAGCAGUGAAUCCAAACAGCAUAGCAGCAAAAGAUGGAAGAAUCAGGAAAGGGGACAGAAUAUUACAGAUAAAUGGGAUGGAAGUUCAGAACCGAGAGGAAGCGGUGGCCAUCCUGACCCGUGAGGACAGCACCAACUUCUCAUUACUGCUGGCCAGACCAGAGAUAGAGACGGACACUCAUUUGGACCCAGAGGAGCUUGAUUGUGAGUUACCUGUAGAGAUGAGUGUGGACAGCCUCAAUACCUCCCAUCUGUCCGGCUUGUACAAUUUCCGUCAGAGAACCCAAGCAGGCAUUCCUGAGGAAGACCUACAUCGGGAGACACCCAUGCUCAGCCUAGCCACCCUCAGCAACAGUCAGGAGCUCGACAGUGGUGUAGGCCGCACUGAUGAGAGCACAAAGAAUGAAGAGUCCUCUGAGCACGACAUCCUUCUGGGCGACGAGCAGACCAGCGCCUCCAACACAAAUGCCACCAACACACCUGGCAGCUUGCGCAAGUUCAGGCCCGGCAGGAACGGUGGAGGAGGGAGCGACACGCCAUCUCCACUGUUCCCUCUUCGAGAGCUCCACCUCAGUACAGACUCACUGGACUGUGGAAACAUGGGUGGUGGGUACCUUCACGAUCCCAUCAGUGGGAUGAUUAUGCCGGGUCUGACAGAGGAGGAAUGCGAGAGAUACAGGCAACUUCUGGAAAUCAAGUGUCGUUAUGAGAAGAGGAUGAAAAAAGUGCAGCAACUUCAAGAAGGGAAGCAGAAAGAAGGAGAGACGCAAAAGGAAGAUGAGAAUAGGGAGAGGGAGGAGACUCUGGAUGAGAACAGUAACGAGAACCUAACUCCACAUGAGAUGGCACUUUUGGAAGAGGAAAUGAGGCACCUUGAGUUCAAGUGCCGGAACAUUUUACGGGCACAGAAGAUGCAACAGUUAAGAGAGCGUUGUUUGAAAGCCUGGCUGAUGGAGGAAGAAACAUCUGGCCGGGCAUCUGCAGAACCUCAGGGUUCUCCAUUGCAUGAGCUAUCUGACAUCAAUGAACUUCCUGAGAAGGAACGGUCAGACAAGGACAGCACCAGCGCUUACAACACUGGGGGAGAGAGCUGCAGGAGCACGCCUAUGGUGAGUGAGCAUCGACUUCCAGUUUCUCAGGUGGAAGAGUCUACAAGCCCUCUGCUAAAUAGACACAGGGAUCGACCAACCUGGAGCGAAAGGGGACGAGCAAGCCUCAGCAGUUCAUAUUCACCAAGCAGCUACAAGAAGUUUCAGACUAACACCACUAUGAACCAGAAAUACUGCUCACUCUCAAGAGAAGGAACCAUUCGUCGCAUGCCUGAAGGGAUGACACAAGGCGGCAAUUCUAGGGUGAGCAGCCAUAACAGAAAUGGUGGUCGUAGUGCAGAGUCAAGUCCUUACUUCACUCGACGCCGUCAUUCCAACUGCUUCACUCCAGAACGCUACCAGAGUUGCAUGCAUCUGGGAUCUUCACUUUCCGAGAGUUCUGGACCCUUGGAUAGAGCUGUGGAAGGAGAAAGUGAGGCACCAAUGGGCGGCAGUGACCGCGAGGGCCACGCGAAUGGCACUUUUGGGUCGCUGCCUCACCCCAGCCCAGUAAAGCUUUCUCUGGCUUUACCUUUGCCGAUUCCCCCUGCCUCACCACGCAUGGAAUGGAAGGUGAAGAUAAGGAGCGAUGGCACCCGCUAUGUGGCCAAACGUCCCGUCCGAGACCGACUCUUGAAAGCCCGAGCGAUGAAGAUCCGCGAGGAGCGUAGCGGAAUGACAACUGAUGACGACGCAGUGAGCGAAAUGAAGAUGGGACGCUACUGGAGCAAGGAAGAGCGUAAGCAACAGCUGCUGAGGGCCCGUGAGCAGCGCAGACGCAGAGAGUUUAUGAUGCAGAGUCGUUUGGAAUAUCUGCGCGAUCGUGGUCUGGACGUGGGCAAGGAGAGCCAGUCGGAGUCAGGUCAGAACCCAGCCUCAAUCCUGGAGCUCAGUCAGAAAAAGAGCUCCAAGAAACGCAACCGACGCAUACUGGACAACUGGAUCACCAUCCAAGAGCUACUGGCACAUGGCUCUCGCUCUCCAGAUGGGACAAAGGUGUACAAUCCUCUUCUGUCCGUUACCACAGUCUGAAAUAAAAGGAUGGUGAAGAAGGACAACAGAAAGAGAAUCUAUUUUAUCCAAUUACUUUCUUGAACAGUUCUCAAAGGGUCAUCAUUCUACUUUACUAUUAUCGCUGAGCAAUGUCUGGCAUCUAUCACCCUCUUUAAUUUAGCAUUCUCUGAAGUUGUAAUAUCUUAUAGCGUGAUGAUUCUCAAGUAAAUGUACAUUUCAAAUCAAAAGACUAGUUAAAAACUCAUUAAGAAGUAAUUUUGCAGUGCUCAUGGGUGUGGUGAUGCUCUUAAGUUCUUGGAUAAACUUGAUUUUCUUGAUUAA